UCGGACUCGGAGUCGGAGUUGACGCCACUCCCAAGUCCGAGACUCCGAGUCCGAGUCAGAACGUCGGUGGCAGAGGCAAGCUGUCCAGAAAGGUACCUAGAACGCAACCGGAGCAAGGCCGGAGCUUUGAAUGCUGCCAGUGCAUUGCUAGAUCAACAAGCACAUCAAAGGCGAUCCAUCCGCAGGAGUACGCAACGUUCAUGCAAGCAUAGUAGUUUUCACCACUGUAGUCCAAGUCCUUCCUGGUCCUUCGGUAUCACUGCAUUCCAGUGUUCUUUCACAAGCUCAGCUGGCUGGUAUCCAAGGAGGUGUGUGCAUAUUCUAUAUAGUCAAGCCAUACUAAGCGAGGAAUACUUGGAUACUGUGGAUCAUUCUAAAGAAAGGAGCUUGCUUUUGGCUGUCGGGUGGAUAUCUUGAUUGGACAACCACCGGCUGAUCUGCCCUCUCGCCCCUUGCUGGUGCUUGCUGCCUCAGAUGGGAGGAGGCGCGCUGGCUGUGGCCCGGGUGACAGGCAGUUCUUCAGUGGCGGCGUGCAAGCUCGCAGCCACAAGAUCUGUGCACUGCGGUGCACCCUCGGGCAGCCCGGCACUGCUCUGCGGGUCGGCAAGGGGCAGCCACAGCAGCAGGCGGCACCUGCGAGGGGACCCGUGCCAAGAUCUGCGGUCUAGCGCAUUCCUGGCUGGGGAGCACCAUGGUGUGUUGGCUGGGGGGGUGGUGAGGCAGCAGCAGCAUGGGCGGGCAGGGCUGCGGAUUGCAGCGGCACUCGACACAUCGGACGUGGUAAAGGCAGCGGAAGGAUCCAAGUCGGCGGCGCUGGUGAUGAUCCGGCAUGGGGAGUCGCUUUGGAAUGCCAAGAACCUGUUCACGGGCUGCGUGGACGUGCCGCUGAGCCAGCAGGGCAUUGACGAGGCGCUGACGGCGGGUACCCGCAUUGCAGACAUCCCGGUGGACAUCAUCUUUGUGUCAGCGCUGAUGCGCGCGCAGAUGACCGCCAUGAUCGCCAUGACGCAGCACCGCCGCAAAAAGGUGCCGGUGAUCUUGCACGAGGAGAGCGACCGCGCCAAGGAGUGGAGCACCAUCUUCUCGCAGGCCACCAUGAAGGAGGUCAUCCCCGUCAAGACCGCCUGGCAGCUCAACGAGCGCAUGUACGGGGAGUUGCAGGGGCUGAACAAGGCAGAGACCGCGGACAAGUUUGGCGCGGACACGGUGAAGCAGUGGCGCCGCAGCUACGACAUCCCGCCGCCGAAUGGGGAGAGCCUGCAGAUGACCGCAGAGCGGGCCGUUGCCUACUUCAAGGCAGAGGUGGAGCCUCUGCUGAAGGCGGGCAAGAACGUGCUGAUCAGUGCGCACGGCAACUCGCUGCGCGCCAUCAUCAUGUACCUGGACAGCCUCACCUCCGAGCAGGUGAUUGAGCUGGAGCUAGCGACGGGCAACCCGAUGCUGUACGUGUACGAGGAGGGGGCCUUCAAGCGGCGGGGCAGCCCCGUGGGGCCAGCGGUGGACGGCGUGUACGCUCUCACCCCGGACCUGGCCACUUACCGCAACAAGCUGGAGUCCAAACAGUGACGGGCAAAGCAGCCGGGGCCAGCCUGCCGCAAUGGGUGACUGCUGAACCUCUGUGACCCCACCCAUUGCUUCACGUAACAUCGAAGACAUUUGAAGCAAUGCAUUUGUAAAGCUUCUGGACGGAUGUGUUGGUAGGUCUACAUUCAACGUGUACAUUUAUAUUGUUUCUGAAAGCAGUGGCCUACGCAAAGCAGGUCGAUUAAUUGAGUCGAACUCCAGAUCGACAGAUUUCUGGCGACAAGAGACAAGGGUUGCGUCUCGAGUCUAAACAGAUACGAACACAUGCUUUGACAUGUUAUGAUUGUGGCAAAAUAUGCCAUUUGGACGGCUGCUUGGAGGAAACGCGUAAGCUUAAUCACUAGCCUUGCCCUGUGCCGUCUAUGCUAUGGGACUGUACAGCACUCUGUUGGCCAACGAUCCCUUUGGUUCACAAUCAAAACCUUCUGCGCUGGAUGAUUUGUAAGCCGCCUCGAGCUGAAAGAUG